AAUCUGCGGCAGCAAAUACUGUUGCGGAGUUACUUUUAAUUUUAUUUAUAUUAAAUUAAACAAAUAUUACAGUGCGGUUUCAGAGGAGUUCCCUAUCGCAUAUACUCAGGUUGUGGAUAUGGGAUUCUUAAAAAAGGGUGUAUUAAGGUUUCUUCAAGGUCAAUAAUAUGCAUGUGACACCCCUAGUGUUGCAGGCGUUCAUAGGUUACAGUGACCGUUUAAAUGGCUGUUAGCUUGUUUGUUACCUUCGUGGUAUAAAAAAAGUAUGUACACGCUGUAAUCCUUAAUAAGGUGGCACAAAGACCUGAAUUACCUUUACAUCGGCAGCUCCGCCUAUUGAAUCGCUAUCAUGGUGGUGGUGCUGAACGGCGUGCUCGCGGACGAGUGUCCGACGUCGGUGCGCGCGCUCCUCGCCACCCACCCCGGGUACAGGGACGCGGCCGCGCAGCUGCUGGCGGCCGCCGCCCGCGUGGUCGGCCCCGCCGGGCUGCUCUACGUCGCGCAGAGGGAACUCGCCGCGGUUGUGCCACAUGACAAAAAUGUCAACAUUAUUGGAUCAGACGAUGCCACAUCAUGUAUUAUAGUUGUCGUCAGGCAUUCAGGAUCUGGCGCAGUGGCGUUAGCCCACUUCGACGGGUCGGGCACAGCGGAGGCGGCGAGCGCGAUGGUGGCGAGGGUCCAACAGCUCGCGGUCGGCUACCCGGAGGGCAGGCUUGAGCUGCAGCUGGUCGGUGGGUUCACUGACCCGCACCGGUACUCCGACGAACUCUUCGCUAACAUCAUGCUCUCCUUCCAUCGACUGACGGUCGAGAUCGACUUAACUCUCGCGUGCUGUUGUGAGUUGAACACAGCGCUCGGCGGCGGCUCGCCGGCGCCGCUCGUGACCGGCGUCGGCGUCGACAUCCGAGCCGGGGACCUGUUCCCAGCCACCUUCCCGGAUAAGGGACCGGAACUGCCUCUUAGGGAGGCGAGGAUGAUCACAGGCGGGCCGCACUCUGCGCAGGUUUUAGAUAUAUAUGACAAUGCAGUAGGCAUGUUACGAAUCGGUCCAUUCAAUUACGACCCGCUACGAGGCGUGGACCUGUGGCUCGAGCAGUCAGAUGACUUCAUCUUGCAACAUCUAAGCACCACCCCCGCAGUAGAGCCGCCGCACUUUGUGCACAAUAUUCGGGUAACACUAAAGUUCAUCCAACAACACCCGUUUCCGGCAGUCACAGUGUUCCCUGACAACCGGCCGCAUUACUACCGCCGCGACGAGCAAACGGGCUGCUGGGUGCCUAUACGUUUUUAAAACUACCAUUUUGGUAAUAUUUGUUGUCGUUUGCCUGUAGCAAAACUAUUAUAAGACUUGAGCCGACGAAUGGUGCAAAUGAAUUUUGUAGUAACGAAUAAUUAUAAUGUGCCGCGUUAUUGUAUAAUAAAAAAAUGUAAUGGGCUUAAAACUGAAUUUGUAUUCAUUAAUCUACUACAUAUCCUGAAGAUUAUUUAUUUAUAAAAUACAUUUUAUUAUUUUCACUUCAUUAUUUAAUGGAUUUCGUUCCUUUAUAGUGGAGUUUGGUAGUUUUAGAUAUUUUUCAAUCAAGUAACACAACAGCAAUAAUAAUGUAAUAAUCAUGUAAUAAUAAAAAAAUUGCAUUGAGUUUUCAUUGUUAGGUUGUUGUGUCACUUUAUCUUAAUUUAGAAAAUUUACGUACAAGAAGGAGACGAAUCACCGUGUUUUUAUGAAUAAGGGUUAAUGUAUAGCAAAUUGACUUCUAAAUUGUUGUAAUUAUUGAUAUGACAUUAUAAUUAUGUCGAUUAUAAAAUAAAAAAAGCACAAAAUUAUUAGCAAUAAUGUAUUUGGCACAUAUUCACAAUUUGUUUUAAAAUUUAAAAUUAAAUUAUGACUAAGGAAGUUAUGACUAUGAAUAUGUACAUUUACAUUCAUUAAUGAAUGAAUGAGUAUACUUUAUUCGAAUUUAUUCCUACUUCAUAGAGACUUGUCGAAUAUAAAUUGUAACUUUUUAUAGAAAUAUUAUUAAAAUAUAAAAAUAAUAUUAAUUAUUGUUUGAUUGACUUAAAUUUGAAUAAAGAGUGUAUACUUAUUGGUUUACGUCAUGUUUGUGUUGGAUAAAUAAAAGAAUUAUUUGUAAUACAGUUAUAAUUUGUAUAUUUUUAAUGCUACUAGCAUAGCAAUUGCAUCCAAUUUUUUUCAUGGAGGCCAAAAAAAUAUCCGUAUUCACAUAUUAAUGAAGUCAAUUUCGACGUACUACUUACUAAUUUUGUUACAAUAAUACCAGUGUAUGUGUGUAGUAUAUGCAGUGAAAUAUCGACUUCUUAUCUAUUUUUAUUAUUAUGUUUUUUUUU